CCUCUACUACAGCCAGUCAGAUCAUUUCUCGGGAAAAGAAACAAGGCAAAUGUGUCGAGAAAGGUGAAACUUUGAAAGAAUUGGCAGUGCCGUAUACAGCGAGAGAGUGUGUCUCGUUACUGAUAAGAACUGACAGUUGGUUAUAAAGUGAGCUUGCAGAAGGAUUUUCCUUUCAGCCAAUACAGCCGCCCAACAGAGGAGAAAUCCAUAUUGAUUGGAGGCAGUUGACUCAAAGACAUGACCGAAGUUCACAUUAGUGACACAUUAUUCAACUGUUGUGCUGACCAAGCAUUUCUUUUCGAAAGGCCUUCAAAAAGGGCGAAUAUGCUCGCUAAAUCUCCGCAGUAAACAGCUUUGUGUGUAGUGUGUGUGAGUGAUUACCGGUGGGGAGUUUUCCGAUCCAGAACAAGUAAUUGCUUCUGACUCGUAUGAGACCUGCAGUUUUCUUGUAGUUCUGGAGAAUGGAGCGCAGGAUCAGAACUCGUGUGGCGGUGAUAGGAGGCGGGCCGGCGGGGCUCUGCGCUGCGAGACACAUCCUGUCUAGGCCCGAGGCCUUUGAUCCACCCGUGGUGUAUGAAAUGACCGAUCAUUUGGGAGGGACAUGGUUCUAUGAGGAAAGAGUUGGCACAUAUGACGAUGGAUAUCCCAUCCACAGCAGUAUGUAUAGGGACCUCAGGACCAAUUUGCCUAAGGAGAUUAUGAUGUUCCCUGAUUUUCCCUUUGAUGACCGCCUGCCUUCUUUUUUGCACCAUACUUCGGUUCAGCAGUAUUUGGAAAAAUACUGUGAGAAACAUGAUAUUGCUCGUCAUAUCAAGUUCAACACCGUGGUGGAAAAGGUGAAGCCCGUCUCCAUGGAGACAGAGACGGGGGGAGCUGUGACGUGGGAGAUAAUUUCGCGCAGCACACGUGGAGACCAGAACACGCAGACAUUCGACUCGGUGUUCGUCUGCAACGGGCAUUACUCCGACCCCCACCUGCCCUACAUUCCUGGAAUAGAGCAUUUUAAAGGGAAAGUCUUGCACAGCCACUCGUACCGCUGUCCAGAGCCUUUUGCCAACAAGUCUGUUGUGGUCUUAGGGGCCAAAGCAUCCGGUGUGGAUAUUUCCAUUGAGUUAGCCCAAGUUAAUGCCCAGGUGAUACUAAGUCAUAACACACCACCCAUGUCCUUACCUCCUCUGGGUAUCCGGCAGGCCCGCGCUGUUGUUGGGGUUUCAGAGGACGGAUCUUUACAGUUCCAGGACGGAUCAGUGACUCAGGCUGAUAUUCUUCUGUUCUGUACAGGAUACAACUUUAACUUCCCUUUCCUUUGUCCAUCAGAGCUGGGACUAGAUGUACAGGAUCUUUUUGUGACUCCACUCUACAAGUACUUGCUGCCCCCUGGCUUCCCUUCCGUCUUCUUUAUUGGCAUUUGCAAAACUAUUUGCCCUUUCAUACAUUUUGAUUGUCAGGUUAAGUUUGCUCUCGCUGUCCUGGAGGGCUCUGUAAAGCUGCCCAGCCCAGAAGAGAUGAAGAAGGAAGUGCAGAGAGAGAUGCAACGAAAACAAGACACAGGUGUGCAGCUGAAGCACUUCCUCAAUUUGGACAAGGAUCAGUGGGAUUAUUACCUGGAUCUUGCCAGGAUGGGCCGAUUCACACCCCCUCAGCCAGUGUUUGAGAGUCUCUAUGAAGAGGUGCGCAGACAGAGGCAGAAAGACCCACAGAAAUACAGACAGAUCAACUAUAGGCUCAUUGAUGCCACACAGUGGGAGCUUCUGGAAGCUCCACCAGAACAGACAGAUUGAGUUUAGCUACAGUCUGAGGACAAAUGAAUGAGAUUUACACUGCAUUGCUUUGUAGAACUGUCUGAAGGAAGAACAUAAAAACUAUAUAUAUAUAUAUAUAUAUAUA